AUGCAGGGCUCCAAGACCAAAUCUGGCUCGGCGGAGGCGAAGAGCAACGGCAAGCCGAAGCCGGACAAGGAGAAGAAGGGCGGCGGCGGCGGCGGCACGCCGCCAACCCCCAACGACAGCAGGCCGCGCAAGCCGGCCGUGCCCAAGGCGAGCGCCGCCGGCCACGGCACGCCGCGCGCGGCCGACAAGUCACCCGGUUCGGGGUCGGCUGACCGCAAGGCGCCCACGCCCAAGGCCGCCGCCGCCUCCCGCCUCGCCACGCCUCCGGAGAAGCAAGGGGGCAAGCCCGCGAAGCCGACGCAGGAGCAGCAGCCGGCGAAGCCUGCUCAGGAGCUGCAGGCGCAGCUUGCCGCGGUCCGAGAAGAGCUCGUGAAGGCCAAGGAGCAGUUGGUGGAGAACGAGAAGGAAAAGGGCAGAGUCCUUGCGGAGCUGGAGCGUGCCAAGAAGGCGGCUGAUGAGGCCAAUGCCAAGCUGCAGGAGGCGCAGGAGACUGAUAAACUCCCUGCCAGCGAGUCGGAGCAGGCAAGCAUGCACGGCCAGCAGGAGGCUGAUGAUGCUGCGCUGCGGUCGACAGUGGAGCAGCUUGAGAAGGCCAGGUAUGAGCUGGCCGAUGCAAUCGAUGCCAAAAAUGAAGCUCUCAGCCAGGUGGAUGAUGCUGUUAGGGCUUGUGAGGUGAAGGCUCAGGAAGUUGAGCUCCUCACUGCAGAGGUUAAGCGCCUGAAAGAGCUGGUUGAUUCCAAGAUGGAUGGCAAAGGGAAGAAGGCUGCAGAAAGAAUUCAGAAUCUUGAAGCAGAGAACUCUGCAUUAAAGCUCAAGCUUGAGAAAGCAAAGGCUGCUGAAGAGAAGGCAAUUCAAUUGGAGCGCAUGGUUGAUGAACUUAAGAGUGAUGUUGGUGAUGCUAGGAAGUCUGGUUCCAAGUCAGAGCUGUUAGCUGAUGAAUGGCAGAAGAAGGCAGAGCUGCUUGAGGUCAGAUUGGAAGAGGCUGAUCAGUCUAAUAUUUUGAAGGGUGAGUCUUUGAAUUCAGCAAUGGAAGAGUUGGAUUCAACAAGUAGUUUGCUCCGUGAUAGAGAAUCUGAAGUUGCUGCUCUUCGGGACAAAGUCAGGUUCUUGGAGGAUGAGCUGGCAAAGCUCAAGAGUGAUAUUGUUGUGUCGGACCAACGGGCCAAUGCUGCGGAGAAAGAGGCGGCAGAUCUAUGGACAGAGGUUGAAGGGCUUAGGUUGAAGCUCCAGACAGCGGAAGAAGAGAAAAUGGAGGCCCUGAGCAGUGAUAAAAAUGCAAGCUCAGAAAUAGAGACCUUGAAUGAACAGAAGAACCAGCUGGCUGACGAGCUUGAAGCUACUAAAGAUGAGCUUGAGAAAGUUAAGAAGGCAAUGGAGGGUCUGGCCUCAGCCUUACAGGAAAUGUCAGCUGAAUCCAGAGAGGCGCAAGAGAAGUACCUUCUCAAACAAGAUGAGAUUGAGCGUGCUCAGGCACAGGUAGAGGAGCUUAGCUUGAGUCUGAAGAAUACUAAGGAGAACUAUGAGCUAAUGCUUGAUGAAGCAAACUAUGAGAAGGUUUGCCUUACGAAAUCAGUUGAAAGGCUAGAAGCAGAAGCUAAGGGUGCGCAUGAGGAAUGGCAGUCCAAAGAGCUAGGUUUUGUCAACUCUAUUAAGAAUUCAGAAGAAGAGAUAGGUGCUAUCAGAGUUCAGAUGGACAGGACCUUGGAGGUUGUUAAGGAGAAAGAAAAUGAAAACACUGAGUUGCAGGAGAAGCUGCAGCAGCUUGAGUCUCAGCUAAUGGAAGCUAACAGAAUCAGGGAGGAAGCCAACGCUGAAACUGUCCAAUGGAAGGAGAAGGUAUUAGACCAAGAGAAUGAAUUGCAGAACAUAAAACAGGAGAAUGACGACCUGCAGGCAAAGGAAUCAGCUGCUUCUGAGAAGAUUAAGCAACUCUCUUCCCAGCUUGCAAAUGCAAAAGAUGGCACGAUAAAUGGUAACACCAAGGAAGGAGAUAAUGAGAAGGGGGACACUGAAGAUGAAGAUGAACCUGUUGUGGUAGUUUCCAAAAUGUGGGAGAACAGCAAGUUUGCUGACUACGAUUCAUCUAAGGAGAAGGAGAAUGAUGGUGACUCACAGGUUGAUUUGGAAUCAAACAAGGAAGAUGCAGGUCUUGACAGCAAUGGGUUGCACUCAACUAAGGAGAGCAGUGGCAGGACAUCACCAACUAAACAGAACCAGCAGCAUAAGAAGAAGCCUUUGCUGAAGAGAUUCAGUGGAUUGCUGAAGAAGAAAAGCGAAAAUUAG